AAGGAGGGGUUUCUAUGAGUCCACGUCGUCCCUCUAAUUAGCUCACAGUGUCUGUAAAAUAAAUCAGUGUAGUGGCUUCACCCCCGCUCAACUGCAGCACGCGCCCCUUAACCUGCUCCUAGCGCGCCAAAACAGAAGGGUCCGCGCGAUCUACCUUGACAUAAACUGAGGCGCGCAAUUGUCACGAGGAGCGCACUAGAAAUGUUUGGUGUUUUCGACAAGUCAGUAAAGUGAGAAAGAGUAAGAGUAAAAAGAAAGAAAGACAAAGAACUUUCCGAUAUCAAUAUAUCCACUUUUACGCACUUGGCGAGGUUGACUUGAAGCGAGACCUAAACUUACCGACCAAGAGGGACUGGUGGAAAAUAGCAAAGUCUCCCAAGAACGUCCGGUCGUGUGUGUCAAUUCAGAGAGACGGCCAAGUGAGCGAGAAGGCAUAAAAUCUCGGCGCGAGGAUGAUGUCCUACAUUAAGCAACCCCAUUACGCCAUGAACGGGUUAAACAUGCCUGGGAUGGACCUGCUACACACCACGGCUGGAUACCCAUUCUCUGUGUCUCUGGAUUUCUCAGCCACCCCACGAAAGCAGCGUCGCGAGCGCACCACCUUCACACGCACUCAGCUGGAUAUCCUGGAGGCCUUGUUCUCCAAGACCCGCUACCCCGACAUCUUCAUGAGGGAGGAGGUGGCCCUCAAGAUCAACCUCCCCGAGUCACGCGUACAGGUGUGGUUCAAAAACCGCCGCGCCAAGUGCCGCCAACAGCAGCAGCAGAGCAGCGGCCAGUCCAAGCCCCGCCCGCCCAAAAAGAAGACGUCGCCCGCCCAGGACCAGCCCAGCGCCGGCCCAGACCCCUCAGCCAACAACCCCUCUGGUUCCUACAGCCCCUCCUCAGCCCCAUCGGGCCCCUCCCUGCCGCCAAGCGGCAACAACCCUGGCAACGCAGCCGUCUCCAUCUGGAGCCCGGCCAUCUCACCACUCCCUGACCCUCUGGCCUCUUCGGCGCCCUGCAUGCAGCGGCCCUCUGCCUACCCGAUGAGCUACGGCCAGCCGCAGGCCUACGCCCAGGGCUAUGCCCAGGGCUAUGCCGGCACCUCCUCCUACUUCACGGGCCUGGACUGCGGCGCCUACCUGUCGCCCAUGCAUUCGCAGCUGUCGGCUAGCGGUGCCCUCAGCCCCAUCACCGUGCCCUCAAUGGGGGGUUCGCUGAGCCAGUCACCCGCCUCGCUCUCCUCCCAGGGCUACGGCACGGCCGCCUCGCUGGGCUUCACCUCCGUCGAUUGCCUGGACUACAAAGACCAGCAGGCCUGGAAGCUGGGCUUUAGCACCAUGGACUGCCUGGACCACAAAGACCAGAAUUCCUGGAAGUUCCAGGUGCUGUAGAGAGAGUGGGAAGAAGAAGAAAAAGAAGAAGAGGAAGAAGAAGAAGAAGAGGGAGAAGUUGUGAAUGAAUAAGGCUCUCGCCAGAUAUACAGUACAAUCAAAUGAUUCUGACUGAACACUUAUUUUUUUCUCUCUGUUUCUCGUUUGUAUGCUUGGUUUUUACAACCCCUGUAGAAUGUGUUUUCUAUUCAGGGGAGAGAGGAGAAGAGAGACCAGUGGACAUUAUUGAUCCCUCCUGACUGCAGGAUAUCAGGUCCAUUUACUUUCUCAUACAGUAGAAGGGAAGGAUGCCCCUGAGGAUCAUACUACUGUAUGGGAAAGACUCGCAGCUACAAACUGAUUUAAACACACGCCAUGGUUCAGAUGCAUUGAUUGGUCUGUGAUGGAAAGACAUCCUCAAGAGAAUUCUACUGAUACAACCACGCUAAACUCAAUUGUUCCUCUGAUGUUUUUUCUGCUGUUGAUGGCUUGAGUUUUGUUUUCAAGAAACACAACAAUAGAUCAAAUUUACAGAGCUUUGAUACUCUCUUAGUCUCUCUUUUUUUUGUUCUGAAAGGCCAUCAGUGUUAAUUUGAGUUUAGUCAUUGUUAUUCUAUGUUACAAUUUAGAUUUUCAUUUGGUUACUUUUAGGCUUUUGGAGCUAACGUGUUACUAUGGUGUUAGGCUAGCAUCAUUGCUAUUAUAUUUUGAUGGAGAAAAAAAAUGGUAUGUUUUGUUGUGUGAAAUAUUAGAGCUAAUUUUUAAUCUACAUUUAUUCCCAGCAAACAUUAUUGUGAUUACAAGUUUGAGUGACAUUUUGGUUUCACAAUUUAAAGGAAGUGAUCAGGUUUUUUCAAACGUACUGUACAUCAUGUAUUGGUAUUCAGAAUCGAAAUUAGUUCAGUUCAAGGACAUGACUGACCCCGAACUUAACAAGUGACCAGUUAACUUCUGAGGAUAACAGUCACCAUGUUGUUAGUUCGUUAGCUAUGGUUUCUAUUGUGUUUCUUAACAGUUUCCACCUUGGCCCACAUGGCUCUCCAGUGCAUCUUGCUAUCGGUUAUUUUUGCUCAUCUGAUUCUAGAGUGGCUCAAUCCUCUUACCCUCCCUUCAGCAAUGUCCUAAGUGAAUUAGUCAGGAUUACCCCUCUGUCUCUCUUUCCUUCUCUCUAUCUCCCCAUCCUUCUUUCUGUCACCAUCUUUCUGUCUCUUUCCCCACCUCUGCCUCUCACUUCUCACUUUCCUUCAGUCAGUGAGUGACAUAUAACAAGAGGAAAACUGCUGAUGCACAACCAAGUUUCAAAAUUGCACCUUGAGUAUUCUACCUUUCUAACUUUCAACAGUAAAUUGAGACCCUGAUUGAGUCCUGAAAAUGUUUGUUUUUGUUUUUUUUAAGUACAGAGGUCCGGACCUCAGUGUCCUCAUAUGUAGCUACGGCCUUGGUCUCUUUCCCUGUUUGUUUGUCUCUCCGUCUACAUGUCUCUCAAUCUUCUGCACCAAUGGUCUCAAUCACUUCUCUUCUCUCUGAACAGGCAAAGUAUACUAUAUAUUCUAUAAAAAGGUUGAUGCCCUUGAUGAUAAUGCUAUAUGGGAAAGACUUAACUAGAAACUAAUUUGAAACACUCAGGCCAUGGUUAAAACAUAUUAAUUCAAACUCUGCUAUCAUGGAGGACAAUGUAAUUACUUCCCCUUUCUUUCCUUCCACUAAUGUCUCAAUGUCAAAAAAAAACAAUCAAGGCUUGGGGUACAGUACCUUCUUCCUA